AUAGAAUAGUCUAAAUGUGUGUGCUUCGGUUAAAGAGAUCCAGCAAUUUGGGUAAUUUCAUAGUUUUCCUAAAACUAAUAAUAUGAUAUAUCAUUUUUAUAUUUUUAUAAAAUCACUAAAAUCCGUUUGUUUGACAACAUUUAGAUUUAACUGUAGGUAACCAUAGCAACAGCAGCUGCACCUGCACUUCAGGCAAUUUCUCUCUGGUUGUAAAACUGAAUAUAGCUCAACAUUAACGCUAAACUCAACUCACUCUCAAGAAAAGAAAAAUGGAACAAGUGGCUGACCGAUGGACAGUUUGGUUUCGAAGCUUUAUUGAAAAGCCUCUGAGACAGGAGGUGGCAGCAGCGCCGAAGUCGCGCUUUAUUCUGCUCCACUACAGUGUGCCGAAAACUCUGUGGGACUGGCUAAUUCUUUUUAGCACUUUCUACCUGGCUGUCACCGUGCCCUACAACGUCAGCUUCACGACCACUGAUCACACCGCUAUAGAUGCACCCUUGACUGUCAUCACAGACAUUGUAGUGGAAUUGCUCUUUAUUGCAGACAUUGUGCUGAACUUCUGCACCACCUAUGUGGACAAGUCAGGGAAGGUUGUGUAUGACCCGCGCUCCAUUUGCAUUCACUACGUCACCACCUGGUUCUUUGUGGACCUGGUUGCAGCCCUGCCCAUUGACCUGCUGUAUGCUGUGCACAUCCCAGUGAGCUCCUUCGUCCACCUGCUCAAGACUAUACGCCUGCUACAUUUCCUACGCCUGUUUCAGAAAUUGGAACGCUACUCUCAGUACAGCGCCUUGGUGCUGAUCUUACUAAUGUCAGUCUUUACUCUGCUGGCACACUGGAUGGCCUGUAUCUGGUACGUGAUUGGACGUAUGGAGAUGGCAAACGAAAAGACUUGGCACAACGGGUGGCUCUUUAAACUGAGCAAACAGCGGGAAAUGCCCUUCUUCAACAGCACGACGGGGGGCCUAUCGGGGGGCCCAUCGAUGUACAGCUCCUACAUCGCUGCCCUUUAUUUUUCCCUCAGCAGCCUGACCAGUGUGGGCUUUGGCAAUAUCAGUGCCAACACCCCUGCUGAGAAGAUCUUCUGCAUCUGCACCAUGUUUGUUGGCGCGCUGAUGUACACCCUGGUGUUCGGUAACGUGAACAUCAUCAUCCAGCGUAUGUACUCACGCCGUUCUCUCUACGACACAAGCAUGAAGGACCUGAAGGAUUUCAUCCGUCUCCACCAUCUGCCUGAGCAGCUCAAAAAUCGCAUGCUGGAGUACUUCCGGACCACAUGGUCUGUCAACAGUGGCAUAGAUGUCAACGAGCUCCUGCACGACUUCCCUGAUGAGCUGCAGGCCGACAUUGCCAUGCAUCAGAAUAGGGACAUCCUCCAGCUGCCGGUCUUUGCGGGGGCCAGUCGUGGCUGCCAGCGCUCACUCUCCCUCCAUAUAAAAUCCUCCUUCUGCAUCCCCGGGGAGUACCUCAUUCGUCAGGGCGACGUGCUGCAUGCCAACUACUAUGUCUGCUCCGGGUCUCUGGAGGUGCUGAACGACACCACGGUGCUGGCAACAUUAGAAGAAGGGAACCUGUUUGGGGCUGACCUGCCUGGACUAGACCAGGUGAUUAAGACCAAUGCUGAUGUGAAAGUGCUGACACACACUCACCUUCAGUAUAUCAGUCUGCGUCACCUGAAAGAGGUGCUGGGUCUCUACCCUGAGUAUGCCAGUAUUUUCGUCUCAGGCAUAGGCAACCACCUCACCUACAACCUGCGUGAGGGCAGCCAGGACCAGGGGGACCUCCUGGGUCGCCGUGGCCUUCGUGGGCAGAGCUUAUCCCCUACAGCCACCCAAGCCUCAACCUUAGCUGAGGGAGAGUCAGGGGCUCAGCAAAAGCCUUCAGGUCUCAGGGUUGUAGACGUCGAAGUGCAUGGAGACAUGUUCCAUUUGAACGCGGAGCACACCGGGCCUAGAGCCAGUACAGGGGGCAGCACCCAAGAAAUCGAG